AUGGUACCCCCUGGGAAGAAACCUGUGGGGGAGACCUCCAACUCCAGCAAGAAGUGCCUGCAGCGCUUCAGUGAGCACCGGAAAGAGGCGUUUCCAUGGCUGGACCUCGACUGCAAGCGGCAGCUGAUGUUUUGCCUUGAGUGCCAUCAGGCCCUCAUGCAGAACAAGCAUGGCAAAGGCAAUGCCUUCCUGGUGGGCACCAACAACUUCCAGCGCCAUGUCCUGCCGUGCAGUGUCACCUCAGGAGCCCACCGCCAGGCUCUUGCCAGGGCCGGCCCACUCUCGACGACCCAGACUGAGGGAGGAGGGUCCACCCCAUCUUUGGCUACCACCCCCACCUCCAGAGCUGUCCAGGUGGAGGUGGACCCAGACAAAGUGGCCUUGCUGACCGCCACGUACUGCAUGGCCCAAGAGGAUGUCCCCGGGGACCGUUGCCCUGCCCUGCUUGACCUGUGUCAGGCGCUGCUGGGUACGGAGCAUGGCGAUUACCACAGCCCCAGGAGGGUGAGGGACAUGCAGGUGGCCAUUGCCAGUGUCUUGCGUACAGAGGCCUGCCAGCGCCUGAAGGCGUCCCCUUACGUGGGGCUGGUGUUAGAUGAGACCUGGGACCCGCCUGGGUCCCACAGUCUGGCCCUGUUUGCCACUUCCGUGUCCUGGUGUGAUGGCCAGCCUGUUACCACCUUUCUGGGCAGUGUGGAGCUACAGGAGGGGGAGGCCACUGCUGGCCAACUCCUGGACAUCCUGCAGGCCUUUGAUGUAUCUGUGUUUAAGCUGACCUGACUCAGCUCAAGCCUUCCUGGUGAUCUCUUGGGCAGUGUCAGCCUGAAGCUCCGGGCCACUACCUGCCCAUUGCUUAUGGACUUGCACUACCUCCCUGGCUGGACACACCCUGAAGCCUGUGCCUACCUGGGUGAAUACGAGAGCACAUUGGAUGCCCUGUUUCGCCUGCACGGUGGCCCAGGUUCCCAUAUGGUCCCUGAACUCCGCAGUUGGACCUUGGCAACUAUUGACUUGGCUGGGCUUUGGUCCGUGCCCUGGGCCUUCCUGUUGCCUGUCUUAGAAGCACUGGCCAAGGCCUGGCCUUCCUUGGUACCUCCCUCGGAGACCACAGCCCUGGCCUUGGCCCUGUGCCACUUCACCUUCGUAGCCUUCACCCCCCUGCUGCUCGAUGCUCUGCCCUCCGCGCUGAAGCUCGCCCUGGCCCUGCAGUCGGAAGUGCCAGACCUGGCCUUGCUGCAGCCGGUGGUGAUGGCGACCUCAGCAUCCCUCCAAGCUCAGAGCGACUCGGGUGCAAGAAUGGGCAUGGUCCGAUUCCGUGGAGCUGGUAUGGGCCACUCAGAGGCGGCGGUGCGGGGCUUGGAGCGGCUGCGGGAGGCCUUCCUGGACUCCAUGCGGAGGAGGCAGCGGGAUUCUAGAUCCCAGCUCGAUCCCAGCCGCUACCCGCAGGUGCCGGAGGAGGAGCCCGGCGCGCCCGGAGAGGGUGCGCUGGGCCGGCGGGCUCUGUGCGCCGGGCGGGCGUGCGCGCGCUCCGGGCUGCACGAGCUCUUCCCACGACUGGCCUUGGCACUGCCCGCGGGUGCCGGGCUGCUGGAUAAGGUGGAGCGCAGCCGGGAGCUGCGGGGCUGGGGACAGAGCGGGGCCGGGGACAGUUGAGGUGACCACAUGGUGAAGAUCGCGGUGGAUGGCCCGUUGCAUGACUUUGCGCUGGCGGUGGGGCUCUUGGGGAGUGGGUGGGGGGAGGGGCUUCUGGGGUGCCAGCUCACCUGA